UGGUGACACGUUUCUGCGGUUUCUGCCUAGAGCUGGUAAAUUUUGUAUCGGCUGCAGGUUUUACACGGGAAAAUCGGUUCAUAUCUGGAAAUACGCUCAAUUGCUUGACGCAACCGGCAAAUGAUGGCUACUAAGUUGGUUACUAGCUACAACGAACCUGCAAUCGGUGGUUUGAUUGCGGCCGAGCUGAUCAAAAGUACGAAUCCCAUUGGAAUUAGCUGGGGAAAUGAAACAUCGAUCACCUUUUCCAAUCGCACGCUGGUUUGUGUGACAAACAACGAUGUUUUGCGAUCGCUGGCACGGGAUGCUCCCAAGUAUCAGUUGUACGGGAAGACACCGAUCGAGCGAACGCAGAUUGAUCAUUGGCUCACCUAUACCCUUUCGGUGGAGAAAGAUCCGGCGGAUGAGCUGAAGUAUCUCAACAAAUGUUUGGCACCGUUGACGUACCUGGUUGCGAAUCAUCUGACGAUUGCUGAUCUGGCCGUUUACAAUCAGUUGUACGGCAGUUUCGAGGAACUAAAAGCUAUAGGUAUUCCAGUGCAUGUCGAGCGCUGGUACAAUUUGAUCUCUGCCCAAGAAGCCGUGAUAAAUGUGUUGAAGAAUUUACCCAAGGAAGCCAAGCUGACAAAGAGAAUGCAACGUGGAGGAAGUGCUGAUAAAUCAUCCGAUCGAAAGCAGGAAGGAAAGUUCGUCGAUCUACCGGGUGCUGAAAUGGGGAAGGUCGUUGUGCGUUUCCCGCCGGAAGCUUCCGGUUACUUACAUAUCGGGCACGCCAAGGCGGCCCUUCUGAAUCAAUACUACCAGCAAGCAUUCCAGGGUAAACUGAUCAUGAGAUUCGACGAUACGAAUCCCGCCAAGGAGAAUGUUCACUUUGAAAAAGUAAUUCUGGAAGAUUUGGAAAUGCUGCAAAUUAAGCCGGAUUUGUUUACGCACACUUCUCAGUAUUUUGAUUUAAUGUUGGACUACUGCGAGCGGUUGAUGAAGGAAGGGAAGGCUUACGUUGACAAUACCGAGCCGGAGCAGAUGAAGAAGGAACGUGAGGAAAGGAUUGAAUCCAAUAAUCGAAGCAAUUCGGUCGAAAAGAAUCUGCAGAUGUGGAAGGAAAUGGUGAACGGAACGGCGCUCGGUCAAAAAUGUUGCGUGAGAGCUAAGAUUGACAUGGCAUCUCCGAAUGGAUGCAUGCGUGAUCCAACAAUUUACCGAUGCAAGAACGAACCUCAUCCACGCACCGGAACCCAUUACAAAGUUUAUCCGACGUAUGACUUUGCCUGUCCGAUCGUUGAUGCAAUUGAAGACGUGACGCACACGCUGCGAACAAUGGAAUAUCAUGACCGAGAUGAUCAGUUCUAUUGGUUCAUUGAGGCGCUGGGAUUGCGUCGUCCGUAUAUUUGGGAGUACAGCCGACUGAACAUGACCAAUACGGUUCUAUCAAAGCGAAAAUUGACGUGGUUUGUGGAUAGUGGCCUCGUUGAUGGAUGGGACGAUCCACGUUUCCCUACGGUUCGGGGUAUUCUUCGUCGUGGCAUGACCGUCGAGGGAUUGAAGGAGUUUAUCAUUGCACAAGGAUCGAGUAAAUCCGUCGUAUUUAUGGAGUGGGACAAAAUCUGGGCUUUCAACAAGAAGGUCAUUGAUCCGAUUGCUCCACGCUACACGGCUUUGGAGAAUGAAAACCGUGUGGUGGUGAAUGUUGAAGGCGCCAAAUUAGAGGCCGUACAAGUUCCAGUACAUCCCAAGAAUGCCGAUAUCGGAACGAAAACGGUAUGGCUUGGUCCCCGUGUACUGAUCGAUUACGCCGACGCAGUUGAAUUGAAGGAAGGCGAGAAUGCUACCUUCAUCAAUUGGGGCAAUUUGAUGAUUAGGAAAGUUCAUAAGGAUGCCAGUGGUAAGGUCACUUCGGUGGAUGCCACUUUAAACUUGGACAAUAAAGACUUUAAGAAGACGCUCAAGUUGACAUGGCUUUGCGAGCAGGACGCUUCGGAAUAUCCGCCAACGUUCUGCGUGUACUUUGAUCACAUCAUUAACAAAGCGGUUCUUGGCAGAGAAGAGGACUUCAAAACCUUCAUUGGUCAUCAAACGAGGACUGAGGUGCCAAUGUUGGGUGAUCCUGAGCUGAAGAAGCUCAAGAAGGGCGAUAUCAUUCAACUUCAGCGUCGCGGUUUCUUCAAGGUAGACCAAGCGUUCAAGCCGGCCAGUGAGUUUAGUGCCGUUGAAACGCCCGUUGUGCUGUUUUCCAUCCCCGAUGGUCACGCCAAGGAACAGCCGACCGCGGGUGCUCCGAAGAAGGCCACCACUGAAAAUGCGAAGAAACAGGCGAAUUCUACCAGCGGAACAGCACCCAAGUCGACACCGAACUCUGCUGCUAAAAUUAACGAUCAAAUUGUACAACAGGGCGAUAAAGUAAGAAAGCUCAAGACUGACAAAGCUGCCAAACCGGAGGUUGAAGCCGCUGUGAAGGCUCUGCUGGAACUGAAGACCAAGUUCAAGGAAGCAACCGGUCAGGAUUGGAAACCAGGUGUAGCUGUUCCGGCUCCAGCUGUGACAGCACCACCCAAUACAGGCACCUCGGUCGAAACCCUCAACGGCAAGAUUGUCGAACAAGGUAACUUGAUCCGCGAUUUGAAGACGAAGAAAGCAGCCAAGGCCGACGUUGAAGCAGCGGUGAAAGUAUUACUAGAUCUUAAAGCACAGUAUAAAGCUGCCAGCGGCAAAAACUGGACACCAGAGGCAGCCCCAGCACCAGCACCAGCACCCACACCCGCAUCCGUCAAAAAGGAAUCCAAUCCUGCUUCUGCCGACAUCAGCGACAAAAUUGUUAAGCAAGGUGAUAUAGUACGGGAUUUGAAAUCGAAGAAGGCAAACAAAGCUGAAAUUGAUGUGCAGGUUAAGUUACUGCUAGAUUUGAAGGCCUUAUACAAGGCAACUAUGCAUAAGGAUUGGAAACCAGAAUGUGCUCCACUGACUGAAUCGAAAAGAAGUGCACCUGCGCCAUCCGGAAACGCAGAAACUGACCUGUUGGAGAAAAUUGCCGCGCAAGGUGACAAAAUUCGCACGCUGAAAACGAACAAGGCCGACAAAGCUGCUGUGGACGGUGAAGUGAAGGCACUACUGCAGCUGAAAGCCGAUUAUAAGACGCUAACUGGUAAGGACUGGAAACCAGGCACUGUCGCGCCAGCAUCGAUUGCUAAGAAGGACAAAGAAAAUAUGACACCGACAAAUAAUGAGAAAUCCGGUUCGGAAAAGGACGCCCUGACUGCCAAGGUCAACGCCCAAGGUGAAGCGGUUCGAAAUCUGAAAUCGUCUGGUGCCUCCAAGGAACAAGUCGAUGCAGCUGUGAAAGCAUUGCUCGACUUGAAGGCCGAAUAUAAAAAGUUAACCGGAACUGAUUUCCCAGUUGCGGGACGCACUCCGAAGCCAGUAACGGCCAAGAAAGAAGCAAAAAAAGUAGACAAACCAAUGGCCAAGCACGAACCCGCCAAGCCGAAAGAUGAUGGCAGCGGACCGAAGAAGCAAACCCGGCUCGGUUUGGAAGCUACCAAGGAGGGCAAUCUGCCCGAUUGGUACUCGCAAGUUAUUACCAAGGGAGAAAUGAUCGAAUACUACGACGUGUCCGGGUGCUACAUUCUGCGCCAUUGGUCAUUUGCCAUUUGGAAGUCGAUCAAGGCUUGGUUUGAUGCGGAGAUUACCAAAAUGGGGGUCAAAGAGUGCUACUUUCCCAUUUUUGUCUCGCGAGCUGCAUUGGAACGGGAAAAGGCGCACAUUGCCGACUUUGCUCCGGAGGUGGCCUGGGUCACCAAGAGUGGAGAAUCGGAUCUGGCCGAACCAAUCGCUGUGCGCCCUACGUCAGAAACGGUUAUGUACCCGGCGUACGCCAAGUGGAUUCAGUCCUAUCGUGAUUUGCCGAUCAAGUUGAACCAGUGGAACAAUGUUGUGAGGUGGGAAUUUAAACACCCGCAGCCAUUCCUGCGUACUCGUGAAUUCCUAUGGCAAGAAGGACACACCGCAUUUGCCGGUAAAUCCGAAGCUGAAGAGGAAGUGCUGCAGAUUCUAGAUUUGUACGCCAAGGUGUACACCGAUAUGUUGGCCAUUCCUGUCGUGAAAGGUCGCAAGACCGAGAAGGAAAAAUUCGCCGGAGGUGACUAUACUACCACGGUCGAGGCGUUCAUUUCUGCUUCGGGCCGAGCGAUCCAGGGUGCCACCAGUCACCAUCUCGGUCAGAACUUCUCCAAAAUGUUCGACAUCGUGUUUGAGCAUCCGGAAACGAAGGAAAAGGAGUAUGUGUACCAGAACUCGUGGGGUAUUACGACGCGUACGAUCGGUGUGAUGAUCAUGGUCCACGCCGAUAACCAAGGUCUGGUACUUCCUCCGCGAGUUGCCUGUGUGCAGGCGAUUAUCGUUCCUUGCGGUAUCACUGCCAACACUACUGAUGACGAAAGGAAAUCGCUGUACGAAAGCUGCAGAGAGUUGGAAGCCGAAAUGGUGAAGGCCGGCGUUCGUUGCGAGGGAGAUUAUCGGGACAACUAUUCCCCUGGCUGGAAGUACAAUCAUUGGGAGUUGAAGGGUGUUCCGAUUCGUAUCGAGCUGGGCUUCAAGGAUUUGAAGAACAAUCAGUUUGUGGCCGUUCGUCGUGAUACCGGUGAAAAGAUUACCAUCAAACGAGAUAAAGCUGCCAAGGAUAUUCCUUCUCUGUUGGAAACCAUCCACGAAAGUAUGUUCAACAAGGCCGACAAAGAUCUGCAUGAUCAUCUGAAGGUUACCAAGGUUUGGGAUCAGUUUAUUCAGUUCUUGGAGUUGAAAAACAUCAUUCUGGCACCGUUCUGUGGAGAAGGUUCGUGUGAAGAAAAGAUCAAAGCGGAUAGCGCUCGUGACGACGCGGAAGCUGAUGCGGGUGCUCCGGCAAUGGGUGCCAAGUCGCUCUGUAUUCCGUUCGAACAACCGACUGCCAUUGAGCAGAACGACAAGUGCGUUCAUCCAGCAUGUGGAAGAAGCGCAAAAUGGUACACGCUUUUUGGCAGAAGCUACUAAAGAGGGAUAGAGAGGUAAGUGACAAUACACGUGUUUUCGGGAUAAUAAUGUAUUUAAUCUCGCCAGAGUUGAAUUUUAAACAGUUACUGUUUUCUUGACUGUCAACUUAAUAACAUAACUUCUACAUAUGUUGCUUGAUUGAGAAUCGAGGCAUACGAACAGUUUCAAGCUGAUGCUUGUAUCUUACUAAUAAACAUAAUUUGUGAAAGUGAACUUUAAAUGGUAAAAAACUGUUUGCCUAGAUCCGAAACGUCCGUCAAUUAAAUU